AUGGUUUUUCGCCUGAUAGUUUUCCUUUUUAUUUUUCUUCUGAACAGCCCAUCUAAUGAUACGUUUGACUUGUAUGAAAAGCCUCAGCCAAAUAUAGGUCUCAAACCUAGUCCACAGUUUGAAGCUAGCCAAGAUCGGCUCGGUUGCUUGUUUGAUCAUGCAGCUAGUAGCAACUUAUCUGUAAUUGUGAUGUCAUAUAAUUGCUCUAAUCCAUUCAUUUCACUCGCAAUGACUGUUUCAAAGGCUGAUCUUUUCCUUUUCGAUGUUAACUCUCAUCUCCUAAACUUCACACUUUCAUAUACCAGCUCCCUUCCGUUACUCAUCUCCUUGGACACCGACCUUGAUUAUGUCGCUAAUAUAGACGGAGCAGACCUAUUGCGGUUACCCGAAACAUUCAACGAAAAGUGUAUCAACUCUUCUCUUGUUAUACAACCAAACAGAAUCGGAAUAACAUUUCUUAGGAUAUGGGUUAGGGUGGCUAAAGAUUUCAUUAUUAAUAAUGAAAUGAAUCGUGAUUUUGUCGAGUACUUUCAUUCCAAAAAAAACAUGACACUCUACAUCGAUCUUCUGCGUCUGGAUUCUUUUAACUCAAGUAGUACGCCUGACUUCGCAUUCAAGCUUGUGGUAUUGAGACAUAAAGGCGUGUUGCAAAAAGUUUUCCGCUUUCUUCUAAUAGGGCUAGUGAUCCUGGUCACUUUUGCUAUGGGCUGUCAACUGGAUCUUAAAGUAAUAUUUCUUUAUAUUAAGAAGCCUGUUGCGCCUGCCAUCGGGUUUGCUUCUCAAUUCAUCAUAAUGCCGCUGGUAAGUGCUAAUGUGCCCCUUUGUCUGCAUUGUCUAUAG